UUUAACAUGGAGCAAGCUUCGCGAAAUCAACGGUCACUAUUUCAAAUCUUUUGAUAGUCGCUGAAGUGAAAGAGAAGGUGUUGGACUAUUAUUUUUUAGUUUUUAAGUCUUCUAAACGGCGGAGGCGAAAUACAGUAAACAGCCUGCCAGGAGCAGUGGCAUGGAGCAGCCCUGGGGGACUAGGAGCAGGAGCCCAUCAGAGGAGAGAACAGAACACCUGGCACAGCAGAAGAGCAAUGAGGGGGCACCGGAGGGGGCACCAGAGGGGGCACCGGAGGGGGCGGAUGGCGCAGCAACCAGUCCCAGAGCCAAAGCCCACGGCGCAUCAAGCCCUGCAUCGGAUGAACCUGUCGUUCUUGGCAAUCCUGGAGUUGCCAGUCCCGGGGUAGCCAGCUCUAGAGCCACCAGGGGUAGCAGGGCCCCUUCCAGUGCCAGUCUCAGCCAGGAGGAAGAGGAUUCUAGUGGCUCUGAUGGUGACACCAGUGAUGAAGACAGUGAUGAGGGAGUGGUGCGCAGGAUGAAAAGCAGCGUGGCUCAGAUCGUGCGUGGACCAGAUGACCAGAGUGUUGAAAGAGGCAGGAGCCCCAGCCCCGAUGACAGGGACGAUGACCGCAGGAGGUCCCGCUCCAGGUCUCGGUCCAGAAGUCAGGAGAGGGACCGCCGUUAUGGUAGAGGAGGUUACGACAGGUCAAGGGACGAUGAUCGUGACCGAAACUAUGACCGUUACGAGCGCCGGUCAAGCCGGGACAAAGAGACUGAGUUAAGAAGGAGGGGGCGGUCGUUGUCCCCAUCCCAGAAGAACCCUUCUGCAGAAGAGCCACCUGUGAAGAAGAAGAAGGAGGAACUGGACCCCAUCCUGACCAGGACUGGUGGAGCCUACAUCCCCCCUGCCAAGCUACGCAUGAUGCAGGCUCAGAUCACUGACAAGAGCAGUCUGGCUUAUCAACGUAUGAGCUGGGAGGCCCUGAAGAAAUCCAUCAACGGUCUAAUCAACAAGGUGAACGUGUCCAACAUUGCCAUGAUCAUUCAGGAACUGCUGCAGGAGAACAUUGUCAGGGGCAGAGGUCUCCUGGCCAGGUCUACUCUGCAGGCCCAGAGUGCCUCAGCCACCUUCACUCACGUCUACGCAGCGGUGGUAGCCAUCAUCAACUCAAAGUUCCCCCAGAUAGGAGAACUCAUCCUCAAAAGACUCAUCCUCAACUUCCGCAAGGGCUACCGGAGGAAUGACAAGGCGCUUUGUCUCACUGCGUCUAAGUUUGUAGCUCACCUGGUCAAUCAGAAUGUGGCCCAUGAGGUGUUGUGUCUGGAGAUGUUGACUCUGCUCUUAGAGAGACCUACGGACGACAGCGUUGAGGUGUCCAUCAGCUUCCUGAAGGAGUGUGGUCUGAAACUCACCGAGGUUUCCCCUCGGGGCAUCAACGCCAUUUUCGAGCGGCUGCGCAACAUCCUUCAUGAGUCUGAGAUUGACAAGCGUGUGCAGUACAUGAUAGAAGUGAUGUUUGCCAUCAGGAAAGACGGAUUCAAGGACCACCCCAUUAUACCAGACGGUCUGGACUUGGUGGAGGAGGAAGAUCAGUUCACACACAUGCUGCCGCUAGAAGAUGACUACAACCAAGAGGAUAUCCUCAAUGUCUUUAAGAUGGAUCCAGACUUUUUGGUAAAUGAAGAGAAGUACAAAGCAAUAAAAAAGGAGAUUUUGGAUGAGGGCAGCAGUGACUCUGGGGAAGAUGCGGGUGGAAGUGAUGAUGAUGGAGACGAAGACGAAGAAAAGGAAGAGGAAGGUGGCGGAGAUGAAGCAGAGAAAGUCACUAUCUUUGACCAGACGGAAGUCAACCUGGUUGCAUUUCGCCGCACCAUCUAUCUUGCCAUCCAGUCAAGUUUGGACUUCGAAGAGUGUGCACACAAGUUGAUCAAGAUGGAUUUUCCUGACAGCCAAACGAAAGAGCUGUGCAACAUGAUUCUGGACUGCUGUGCUCAACAGAGGACCUACGAGAAGUUCUUUGGUCUUUUAGCGGGGAGGUUUUGUCUGCUGAAGAAGGAUUACAUGGAGAGUUUUGAAGCCAUCUUCGUGGAACAGUAUGAAACCAUCCAUCGCCUGGAGACUAAUAAACUUCGAAACGUUGCCAGGAUGUUUGCCCAUCUCCUGUACACAGACUCUGUGCCCUGGAGUGUGCUGGAAUGUAUUAAAGUCAGUGAGGACACCACUACGUCAUCCAGUCGAAUCUUCGUCAAGAUCUUGUUCCAGGAGCUAUGUGCCUACAUGGGCCUUCCCAGGCUAAACGAAAGACUCAAGGAUGUGACGCUGCAGCCCUUCUUUGAGGGCCUCUUUCCUCGGGACAACCCCAGAAACACCAGAUUUGCCAUUAAUUUCUUCACCUCCAUUGGCCUGGGAGGACUUACCGAUGAGCUUCGUGAGCAUCUGAAGAAUGCCCCUAAGAUCAUCAUGACUCAGAACCAGGAAGUGGAGUCAUCGGACACAGAUUCGUCCUCGUCCUCUUCUGACUCCUCAUCCGACAGUGACAGCAGUGACAGUGACAGCUCUGAUUCGUCCAGUGACUCUGACUCCACAUCCAGCAGUAGCUCAGACUCUGAUUCGAGGCAUAAGAAGAGCAAGGGCAGAAAGAAGGUUGAAAAAGGCAACAAGAAGGACAAGGCAUCUUCCAGAAAGACCUCCUCCAAGCAGAAAUCCCCUCUGGAGGAACGGCCCAAUAAGAGUCUGAGGCAUGAGAACCGUCGUCGUGACGACAGCAGCAGCGACGAGGACGAGGCGCAUCGCGGUAGGCGGAGACCUGGGCCUGAGGACCGUCACAAAGCCUCUCACCACCCACCCACGCGCCAGAGACCGGACCGCGCCGGGCACAAAGACAAGGACCCGCCUCAUGGCCGACCCGACAGAGAGACCGACUACCAGGACCGGGACAGACAGCCUGAGCCCCGGGCUCACAGCAAGGAUGACGGGAAACACAAAGCCCCUCCGGUGGACCGAACCGACCGCGAUCGAGUCAGACACCGGAGCCCUGAGAAGGAGAAGGCGCCAGAGAGUCGAAGCGGCAGGGACAGAGACCGAGGGGCAAGGUCAAAGUCACCGGAGAGAAGCAGCCGCAAAGAGAAGGACAUGGAGUCCUCCAGGGACUCAUACCGGAACGGAGUGGAGCGGCAGGCAGAACGGGCCGACAAGGAGAACAGGGAGAACCGACAUCACUCCGACAGAUACAGAGAACCCAGGAGAAAUGAGGAACGAAGCAGGGAUAGCUCCCCGCGUAGACGGAGAUAGCCGGACAGAUGUUAAACAUAUGAGUAAAGCUGUAUAUUUUCUUCCAGUGUCCAUACUAGCACACCGUAUUACUUAGAAUGCCGCAUAGCCGUCACAGGACCUGAUUCUAAGUGGUAUGCUAGUGUAGGCAUUGAAACCGCCUCAGUGGUCUUGGUAGUCAUGCUGUUGAAAUGUCAGCUUUGAAUUGGAAUAGUCCAUCUGAACUUCAAGUCAUUGUGUCAGUUUCCCCUCAUUGUAUGCAUCUCAUGUCAUUGUUUUUAUAUUGCCCAAUGAAAUGUCUUUCUUAGGGAUGCUUCCACCAUUGUAUCGGGAUAACAACAACACAGGACUGCUUGGAGACGUAGUGUAUAUACAAACAUUUCUGUGGGUUUUAUCAAUGCAAGACUGGUAAUGUCUAGAAAGAUUGUAAAACGUUUGUAUUUGAUGCAACAAUCUAUUUUGUAUUGGUGCGACCUAUUUUUGUGUAAAAAAAAAAACAACAAGAAAAAAACAUUAAAAAUCCUUCAACUGUU